UUGGUGGUUUCUGGCUGUAGAACGCCUAUAAAUCCACACCCCCUCACUCCUAACCAAAUCGUCUCACUCUCUUUCAUCACUUUCUGGAUCUCAUAUCACAUCUUUCUUCCCAUCCUUCCCACGUAAGUUAAGAGAUGGAGACCUUCCUAUUCACUUCCGAGUCUGUCAACGAAGGACACCCAGACAAGCUCUGCGACCAAGUCUCAGAUGCCAUUCUUGAUGCCUGCCUAGAGCAAGAUGUUGACAGCAAGGUCGCCUGCGAGACCUGCACCAAGACUAACAUGGUCAUGGUUUUCGGUGAGAUCACCACCAAGGCUAAUGUAGACUACGAGAAGAUUGUCCGUGACACUUGCAGAGAAAUUGGAUUUACAUCUGCUGAUGUUGGUCUUGAUGCCGACAACUGCAAGGUCUUGGUCAACAUCGAGCAACAGAGCCCUGACAUUGCCCAGGGUGUUCACGGACAUCUCACCAAGAAGCCAGAGGAAAUCGGUGCUGGUGACCAAGGUCACAUGUUCGGUUAUGCUACUGAUGAGACACCCGAGCUCAUGCCUCUGACUCACGUCCUUGCAACUAAGCUCGGUGCCAAGCUUACUGAAGUGAGAAAGAACAACACUUGCGCAUGGCUCAGGCCUGAUGGUAAGACCCAAGUGACUGUUGAGUACCGUAACGACAACGGUGCCAUGGUCCCUAUCAGGGUUCACACCGUUCUCAUCUCCACCCAACAUGACGAGACUGUGACCAACGACCAAAUUGCUGCUGAUCUUAAGGAGCAUGUGAUCAAGCCUGUGAUCCCAGCUCAAUACCUUGACGAGAACACCAUCUUCCACUUGAACCCAUCAGGUCGGUUUGUGAUUGGUGGCCCACACGGUGAUGCAGGUUUGACCGGCAGGAAGAUUAUCAUCGACACCUACGGUGGAUGGGGAGCUCACGGUGGUGGUGCUUUCUCUGGGAAAGAUCCAACUAAGGUGGACAGGAGUGGUGCUUACAUUGUUAGGCAAGCAGCCAAGAGCAUUGUGGCAUCAGGACUUGCACGCAGGUGCAUCGUUCAAGUGUCUUACGCUAUUGGUGUCGCUGAGCCACUCUCUGUUUUCGUGGACACAUACAAGACUGGAACUAUCCCGGAUAAGGACAUCCUUGUUCUUAUUAAGGAGAACUUUGACUUCAGGCCAGGGAUGAUGGCUAUCAACCUUGACCUCAAGAGGGGUGGCAACAAAAGGUACCAGAAGACUGCUGCUUACGGUCAUUUCGGUCGUGAUGAUGCAGACUUCACCUGGGAGACCGUCAAGGAGCUGAAGCCCAAAGCUUGAAUGUAACAGUUUCACGAGAAUGAUUAUUUUGUCCGCUAUAUUGGUCCCUGGAGAAUAAUCACGCUUUCACUCGGCAUGUUGUUUUCUUAAAGCCAUAAGGUGGACAACAAUUGAGAACAUACGUAGGAACCGUUACGAGCUUUUGAUUGCUGGGUCAAAUGUCUGUGUUUGUUUGUUUGUCUUUUUUUAUCUUAUCUUGCUGGGGAACAUUUAGAAUUUCUUAUUUUUCAGUAUUUUGAUGAGAAGCCUAUAUGUUAUAUGUACUCUUUGAACAAAUUUUUAUCUACUUGAAGUUUUUGAGUUAUUAACUUGCUA